GAUGGAACUUCGGGCGUCUAUAUCCUCUCACUGCAACGGCCAAACUGAAGUGCCACUGUUCGAUAAGUGUAAGUACUGUUGGCUGGGAUUGCAUUUAGGUUGGACUUUCAAUUCGCAACCUCCUUCAAAGCUUGUUUCUGGUGAAAACGUCAUCUGACGAACAUGCGACCUUCAAGUUCGAGCUCCAAAUUGCUUGGUGGGAAGCGACAACCUGAAGGCAAAGGCAGCAAUGUGCUUGCUACGAAGGACAAUCAACAAAAGAACACCUCUUCACAUUCACCUAAAUCCAUACAUGAAUCGCUCUUUCUGUUGGGUUCGACUAUCUCUGAGGACGACCUCACACGAUUGUGCAAAGGACCUUGCGGAGAGGCCUUGUCAUUCUUCGUAGAACAUGUGAAAGGUCGUCAAGAAACUGCGAAGGCCCGCGAAAUGAUACAGUGCUCCUAUGAAUCUCAGGGUCAUGCUGCUUCUGCUUCCUCUUCUCUCAAUAGACUGAAGAGGGCGCAGUUUCGUCUACGAGCCGUAGAUCGUCAAAUUGAAGCGCUGCAGGCUCAGCAUGAUGAAAUACAAAGACGCCUGUUUACCGCGGAGUCCGAAGUCAACUCACUGCAGCUUCAAUGCGAAGAGAAGCGACUACAGAAGCUUUUGCUCUCCGUAUUAACCCAGAAGGAAAAUAUCCGAAUAUGUAGGUUUGCCGACCUAGGAAACAAGUUGGAAUCCGAACGAACGAAGUCCUUUAAGCAAACUCUUUCCGAAGACGUUUCAAAGACCUCUAAGCUGAAACCACAUCAACGGCUGAUCAUCCGUACUGAUCAUACUCGCGACGCACUUGCGGAGAUACAAGCUCAUGUACUCACAUUAGUCCAUCUCUCUUCUGCGUCUCUGUCACAUCAUCAAUUAGAGGCGCAGGAAUUAGAACUUCGACUUCUCCGCCUCAUUGCGAAGUCUAUGAACCUGCCAGUUGAUGAUGAAGGAGUGAUCGCCAAACAUACUGCCUGUCUCGACUCUAUUCGAAAAUCAGGCGGAGAAGAGGCAAAAGAAAGCAAGUCGCCCACAGAUACCGUUGGAGGCAGUUCACUACUAGAUGUAGAUGAAAUCUCAGAACGAGUGGCACGGAAAAGUAGUAGAUUACAACGAACCUCGGACGAAGUGGCUUGUCUAGGAACCUCAUGUGCAGAAGCGUUACAAGAGAUUGACACCUUUACAACGUCAACUAUUCCAGUUCUCAAGGAGUCGCUGGAUGAGGACGAAGUGGCCACCUCAGGUUACGUUAGCGCGCUUCGGUCCUCUAUUGAGGACUAUCGCCCACUUAGGCAUAACGAGAAGACGGACGGCAAAGGCACAGAAGGCAGGACCAUAGCGCAGGUUGUAGAAGACGUCCGGAAGGAUAUCGUGCACACCUAUGAAACAAAUGUGUUGCUUUCAAACGCCAUCCUUUCAACGUUCGAACCGUCUGCUAACCAAGCUUUGUCAAUUCGAUCUCACAUCGAUAACGAGAGACAUACUUCUACCAGUUCAAGUCAGUUAAUCCAACGCAAGGUGGAGAAGAGUCAAAGAGUGGGGGAAGUUCUCGUCAGCAAUGUGGAGACCCUAGUGAAGGAGGUCGAGUCCGUUGGCCCUCUUACAUGAGCCAAGAAAGCUGUCUUGCGGACCUAGCGCACUAAUGCAUGCGAGCAAAAUCAACUUGAAAUCUCCUCAACGACAAGUGCGAAUAUACAAAGACACGGCCAGAAGAACAAAAUCGACGAGGGUACUUAAUCAAGAAUCACACUUGAAACAUGGAUACCGCGUCCUUCACAUUUCAAUAACUUCUUACAGUGCCAUGGCUCCAACGGAGUUAUAACGUUAUACCACCACACUUCGUAAAUUUCAUUACCGUUUAACGAGAAGUGCAAGGACAACAAUGAGAACAAAAGAGUAUGAAGAACAAGUACACAGCGCGGCGUCCUUGACACCCUCCAGUUCUCCCGUUCCGUCCAUCGAGGUUCAUGUUGGUUCAUUUGUUACUCCCCCUCAUACAUCCAAUUAUCUAAAUACACCCAGCGCAGAAACGGUUUCGGUUCGUUUGGUCUGCGCCGACCCUGCAGAGAACUCGGCCUUCCAUGUCUCCUUCUCGAGCUCGUUUGUUCUAUACAUUUCUCCUACGGAGCGGAGCUCCAGACAUUAACCAGUGCAUAGACAUAAUAAGAGCAGGAAUGGCUCAAAGAUAUUUCUAUUGACAUUGACAGUAUGAAGUUACGAUACAUACCGUAUAUCGACAACAUGUGCUACAAGUCAAGAGUCCAGACCGCGCGAAAUUGAAUUCCACGACAUACGUACAGAG